UGAAGCUUAAGCAACGGAACUGAACCUCUCUCUACUUGAUACAUCAGCCUACCCUCCUCCUGACACCCUCUAUCAUCUUCGAGCUCCUGCAAUACUGACGACCGUGCCUUUGUCCCCAACACUAAACUAACCAUAUUCACCUUCACGCCGUCACCAUGACCGGCUUCGAUUUCUCCAACUACAACCGUAACGCGGCUCUUCACGCCAAGGGCGUGCCUCUCCCCAAGGCCACCAGCACAGGUACCACGAUUGUGGGUUGUAUAUAUGACAAUGGUGUUGUGAUUGCGGCAGAUACCAGAGCUACCAGCGGACCGAUAGUAGCAGACAAGAACUGCGAGAAGCUACACUACAUCGCGCCCAAGAUCUGGUGUGCGGGCGCGGGUACGGCGGCGGACACGGAGUUCACGACCGCGCUGAUCAGCUCGAACGUGGAGCUGCACUCGCUGUCCACGGGCCGGCCGCCGCGGGUGAUCACCUGCAUGACGAUGUUGAAGCAGCACCUGUUCCGGUACCAGGGCCACAUCGGGGCGUACCUGGUGGUGGCGGGCGUGGACCCCACGGGCAUCGGGCUCUUCACGGUGCACGCGCACGGCUCGACGGACAAGCUGCCGUACGUGACCAUGGGCUCCGGCUCGCUGGCCGCCAUGUCCGUGUUCGAGUCGAUGUGGAAGCCCCAGCUGGACCGCGACGGCGCCGUCGCCCUCUGCGCCGAGGCCAUCAAGGCCGGUAUCUUCAACGAUCUCGGCUCCGGAAGCAACGUCGACGUCUGCGUCAUCGAGAAGGACCAGCCCACCCAGCUGCUGCGCAACUACAUCAAGCCCAACGAGCGCGGCCAGAAGGAGCGCAACUACCGCUUCCCCCGCGGCACCACCGCCUACCUCAACCAGAAGGUCAUCAGCAAGGAGGAUAUGCGGAAGUAUGUCACCGUCGAGGAGGCCUCUGGGGACCCCAACCUGAUGGAGGUGGACAUCUAGACAGACCCGUCUCAGCCGGGGUGGCGGUCGGCUAGGUGGUGGAGUUGAAAGCGCUAUCUAAUUCCUUUUUUUUUUUGGAGAGGGGCGCAGAAUCAUGUCUUUUAAUUCUGUAUCCGAGAGUCACGCACGAAUAAAGCUUUUCAU